AAAAUAAUGACUUUUACUCAUAUAUCAAAUAAAAUUCAAUUUGCUGAAAAACACUAUGGUUUAUUCUAAUGGGAAUUAUUGCUGAAUACAAUUUAGUUUAAUGCAUUUACCGGAACCGAAAUGCAUUCGAAACGUACAUUAAAAUUCACCGGAAGCCUAACAAAAACCUUUAUGGCCCGUACAGAGCCACGUAAUAGCUCGCCGUGGGACCACAAACUCCGAUUAUCCAAACAGAGAGCUCCCGAAACAGCGCUGUGAAAUUUUAACGUGUAAUUGAUUAUGAAGUUGGCCACUAAUGGGCGAAAAUAGUUUCUAAUUUGGAGUGUGGUGGCAGUGCAUAAUUGGUCUCGGACCGCGUCUGUGUUAAUCAUUAACGUCGGUCCGGUGCGCCGGAUGCGGGCCCCGGCUCCCAGCGGCCCGCGCGGCCAUCCUUCAAUUUGAGCUGCACCGCUCGCUCUCGACGCGACGCACCGCUGUUUUAUUUUGUUUCAUAACCCGGCAAUUAGCCGCUGACUGUCAGUGCGAGAGGCGAACGCCGCAGCUAGCGAGCGGCGGCAGUCCAACGUUGGGCUCACACAUGCUCGCCAUGGAGGUGUCCAAGGAGGCCCGUGCUUCUCCGCUUCCCGCCUCAUCUCAGAGUGGAUCCUCGACGCCGGCGCAGCAGCCGCCGCAGCCACAGAUUUGUGCUGGAUGCAGCAAGGUGAUUACGGAGCGGUACCUGCUGAAGGCUUUAGACCAGCUGUGGCAUGAGGACUGCCUGAAGUGCGGCUGCUGCGACUGCCGGCUCGGGGAGGUUGGCCACACGCUCUACACCAGAGCCAACCUCAUCCUCUGCAAGAGGGACUAUCUGAGGCUGUUCGGCAACACCGGCUACUGCGCGGCAUGCAACAAAGUGAUCCCUGCGUUUGAGAUGGUGAUGCGCGCGCGCAGCAACGUGUACCAUCUCGAAUGCUUCGCUUGUCAACAGUGCAACCAUAGGUUCUGCGUGGGGGACCGGUUCUACCUGUGCGAUAACAAGAUCCUGUGCGAGUACGACUAUGAGGAGCGAUUGGUGUUCGCAAACAUGGCGUACAACCCACCGCCGCUUGCGCACCUCAAGCGUCAGACUACGCAUUUGCCACCACCACCGACAAGCAACGCGAUGGGUGGUCUGAUGAACGGCUCAAGCCGCUCUGGUGAUCUGAACAACAACAUGUCGGGCUCGUCUCCGGCUGCGUUCGCGCCCCCGCCGCACCUCAAGCCCCUAGGGCUGUCCGCGUCCAGCUGAGAUUAUAGCGCAUGAGACGCGGCCCACCCCUACGCCAAGUAUCAAAACUAACGCGUGCUCUAUAAAAGACAAUCGAUACGAAAUCACUCGCCGUUUCAAACUAACUUUCAGUGUUGUAAACGCAGCUCCUAAUCGUGUUAUUACUGGACUUGACGUGUCUCUAAGUGUUUAAACUAAAGCAAAGUAAAUGCCAAACUGUAGUUAAAGUUUCUCAUUGUUUAUAAACAGCACAUCAUUAGCUACAUUUAAAAUAAUUAUUUCUUGAAUAUAAUAUGAUAUUAUUACGUUAUUAGAAUAGAGUGUAACGGUGAAAUGUUUAGUUUGUUAAAAUCUCAGAAUUUGAUCUCAAAAGAGCAAUUAUGCUGAAUUAGUAUAGAAUUAGGGAGGACGCAUACGUGCAACUAAACCAACAGAUUACUAUUUUAUUUCGUCUUCAACAAUUUCAAAAUAAUUGGCUGAUGGCUUAGUUGGGCGUAAUGCAAUUUUUAAAUGAUUAAUUGAAUCUCCUUUUGUAUAAAUCUGUUAAAGUUGCAAUAUCAUGAUUGCAUUUUCUCUUUAAUGUAAUACGAGAAUUGUCUGUACGGAUUAAGACACAGUGCGAAUUUAGCGCGAACGCUGUCAAUGGUCAGCUGUUCAGAUGCGCAGUUACAGGUUUAGUAAGGCUCAUUGUGUCGCAGCUACUGCGGCGGCUAGACCGCGCCUGCGAGCGGGCGAGGCGCGCGUCCUGACCGCUGAGCGUGCACCCGGCCUAAUGCUAGAACCUUAACAAGCGCGGGUUUUAAGACUGCCGAAUUGUCGUCUUUGUGGGAUGAAAUGUAUUCUAGAGUAACUCGGUGUUUAAUGUAAAUAUUAUAAUCCUCUAAAUGUACGUAUUAGUACUAUCAAUAACGUCUCAAAUUGAUUAGUAUAUUUAACGAUCAAAUUGCUUAAUUAUUUUCAAAUAUUUUAGUUGUAAUCCGGCUUAGCCGCGUUGGAAAAUUUAUUUUAUUGAACACUUGAUUUCUAAUUAAUUUGUUAUUUCAUUUUGUACGUAUGUAUAUUAAUUGUUAAGUUUACUAUAGGCAUUGUUAUGAUGUUUGUAUUAUUUAUGUAAAUAGAUCACUUUACUGUAAGUAGAAUAUUGUAUCUAAUAUUAUACAAUGGAAUAUUAAAUAUUUGGAUUAACUAGUAAAAUGUGGAUAUAUGUAUGUGUUAAUUAAAAUACAUAAUUCGAAAUAGUUCAAAUUAGUUUCUUUAGUAAUAUUUUAAAUUAAUAAUUAUCGUCUCCGGACGAUUUCUGUAAUUGUUUGCAUUUAAUUAUGUGCAGUCGCCAAUAAUGUGUAUUUUCAAAUUUUCCAUAGUUCAUAGCUACUCGUUUGAGUAUUUCAAAACGUAAUUAAUUAAUGUUAUUAUUGCAAAGAAAAUCUUUUAUUGUCAGCAGUUGUAAGUCAUAAGAGAUGUUGUCUUAAUUGUGUGUGCAGCGUCGCGAUGUUAAGAAUUACUUUUUUUUUAAACUUCUUCAUAAAGGAGGAUGUAUGCGUCUUUAAGUCAUCGAAACCUUGACAUAUUUAAGUAUUAAAAAAAUGCUUACUAAGGACAGAGACAUAACUUGACAUUCGAUUCUUAAUUUGAAAACGCCGCACACACAAAUAAGUACCUAUGAUAUAAAACUACAUUUAAAUAUAAGAAUUUUAUCUCUAGGUGUUAUGUUGACGACUGUACUACCCAUGCAUUCCUGUAGCCAAGAGACUCACGAUUGUGUUCACAAUCACACACAUUUGUAUAAAUAUAAAUGUGAAUGUUCUCUUCUAACCAAUGAUACGACCAAAGAUUGUAGUUCAUUAAAGCCUUGUUCAUGAA